CCGCGUCCGCCGGAAAUGGUUGCGGGACUACAUUUUCCAGUGUCCAAAGGAGGCGACGACCGGAAAAGGGGGGGACUGUCCAAACUUGCACAAGAUUGGCUGAUCUGGGUGCGUCGCGACCCAGCCAAAGAGGCGUUCAAGCGACCCCGUCUCUCCUCCAAUAUGGCGCCGCCGUGUGUCUCCGGUUUUGCAAGAAGAGGCUUGAUGUGCAUGGUCACAGCGGCGGCACGUAGAGAAUUUUGGUCUCGAUCCAGAAAAGAGAAAGAACUAGUGGUCACUGAGACAGAAGAAUUGAAAAAAGAACCUUUUCUGGUUUGUCCACCUUUACGAAGCCGAACAUACAUACCACCUGAAGAUCUCCAGAGUCAUUUGGAAUCUCAUAUUAGAGAAAUUUUUGGUUCAUCUCUUCCCAGUAAUUGGCAAGACAUCUCCCUAGAAGAUUGUCAUAAGAAGUUCAGUCUCUUGGCACAUUUAGCUGAUGAUUUGGGCCAUGCAGUACCUAACUCCAUGCUUCACCAAAUGUGCAGUGUCAGAGAUGUUCUUGAUUUCUAUAAUGUUCCUGUUCAAGACAGAUCUAAAUUUGAUGAACUUACUGCUAGUAAUUUGCCUCCCAAUUUGAAAAUCACUUGGGGUUACUAAUCAUUUCAGAGAAUGAACACAUCAAAGUCAUUUUUAAUAUCAGAAUUCUAUAAACCCACUUUGUGUAGAGAAGAAUGCAUUUUUUCCCUCAUAGCAUGAUUCAACGAAGAAAUAACAUUUUUUUCUUUUCACAUUUGCUGAAACCAUAUUUUAUUGGAAUCAAGUUAAUAACUUAUAGAAAUACUUUUCUUCAGAGAACUCUGUAAUUGGGUUUAAGAUAGGAAGCUGUCACGAGUUCAGAUGUUAGUCUUCUUAGGCAUAAAGCAGUAAUUGCAAGAAAAUGCUCUAAUACUGUUAGGACUCUUUAAGAUGGAAUUAUAGUAUAUAUACGAAUAAGGAAACUUGUAUUAGAUAUUAAUAAAAGAAAAAAGUUGUAUAUUAUUGAAAGUUAUAUGUUUCCUUUACUACAUGAGUAUAAAUCAUAGCGAAUAUAUUCAAUUCUGGGUUAAUUUCUUAGAAUUAAAGAUUUCUUACAGAGUACUGUGUAUUUUUAGUGAAAUUUGCUUUUUUUUUUUUGUCUUUCAUUUCCUUAAAAUAAGUAUUUUACAAAUUAAAAUAUGUGGUAGCUAUUAAGUGCGGUGACUUCUUAAAAAGAUAGAGCUGAGCGUGGUGGCACAGGCCUAUAAUCCCAGCACAUGGGUGACUGAGGCAGGAGGAUCGCUGU